GUCCGCGCUAUGCCACCAUAAUGAACAGACCAAUAUCAACAAUAUAUUAAUUCAGCUAUCAUAUUACCUUUGCUGCCGAUCCUAUUCGAAUGAACCCCCGAAAUGAAAAAAAAAUCAUUUGUUAAAUGUUUUCAGUGUCAAUUUUAGUUUAAUGAAGUGUUUCUUUUUCCAUGUAAGCAUAUGACAUGUCUUCUUGAUUUAUUUACGAAAGAUCAUAGAUAUCUUGCUUUGACAUCUUAUCGAUAUUGACUGUCAACUUACUUCAGACCCCAAAUUAAAAAAAAAAUAUCAUAGAAUCGCGUAUUUUUCAUUCUAGGAAGACCGUCGUUGCUAAGCGGCAGCAACUACGUUUGUUUUGUUUGCGGAUUUAGUCGAAGACAACAGGUAGCAAAAGCAAGACGCUUACGGAGAUUCUAUAAAGAAACAGUGCGGGAGAGAUUGUGUUUAGCAUUAUGGAAUUAACGAAGAAUCUAUUGCAAUUUGCUGUGCUGUCGUUUGCCGCAUUAGCUGUAAAUGGUUGCGUACGUUUGAAGUGCUAUAAAUGUAACUCCCAGGACUCGCCGAAUACUUGCGGGGAAGCUAACUUUGACGCUGGUGCCCACUCUGGAGACACAACAAUUGGUUCCACAAGUACUUCUGGAGGAACCAGUUGUAUUCGGGGAUGGGCUAUAAAUGAUCAAGGAACUUAUUACUAUCGUGACAAAUCUAACCAAUUCAUGAAUGAUGGUUGCGAGACACCACAAAAAUGUGUCUGUAACGAUAAUCUGUGCAACUCAAAGGCCUCAAGAGUGGUAACCAUGACAACAGUAGCGACAACUAUCAUCUGCUCUUCAUUGGGGAUAGUGCUAGUGAAGAAGAUUCUGAUUUAAAAAUGACUGAGAAACAACAAUAUAUCCAUGAAACUUAAAUAACAUGAAAUGUCAGUGCAUAUUGCUUCACUUUUUUGUCAAGAUAUACUUGUUUUGGUCCUAAAACACUUACGCACACGUGAUUAAUGCAAAUGAAACAUAAAUCCUUGGGAAUAACCAAACUAAAUGACUGCAUUAAAUAUGAAUACUUCAGUUCACACUACAUGCAGUUUAUGGUUCAAAUAUUAUAACAUUAAUCGUCAAAUCAGUACAAAAAGUGGGUAAGUUCUUCUUUGUGUAAAUUGUGCACUUAUCCACUUUUCAUGCAAAAGUCGAAAAGUUAUCAAACUUUCUAGACCUAUCAUGCAAUUAUGACUUUCUAUAAAAAAUAUUAGUAUUUCUUUUGUUUUUAUAAUGAAUUUGUAGUUUGUUGAAAUGAAAAGAAUUGACGGCCUAUUGAUGUGAUUUGUAUUUCAUUUCCAGUGAACAUUAAAACCCUUUUAUAGGCAAACCUAAUAUAGAAAAAUGUGCACUUUUUCAUUAACCGAUGUAACACUUAAUUCACACACUGAAUGCAGAUUAAAUUUCGUGUGACAUGCUAAAUCCGUAUUUUAACCCUGAUAAAACAGGUCAUGCAUUGACGUCACGCCGACCUACUAUAUUUGGUGCCAUUAUAUGCGUCACGAAAUUGAUAUACACGUUGAUGUAAAAAGACAUAUUAGAAUCGAAAUAAAAUAUAGCAGGUUCAUGAUUUAUUAGACCUAAACACUCCGAAUCGGUUAUACGCCGCAGGUAAUAUUUCACUCUGUCUACUGUCCGCACCAUAGCUAUGUUUCGAUAUUUUAAAACACGGUUCCGCUAAAUACAUGUAUUAUUUCUUAAAUGAAGUAUAAAAUUUAUUUUUAUUGUGGAGUUUUAUUAUUGAUGUUUUAUUAUCACUGUAUAUUCUCACUUGUGUGAUAAAUUUU